AUGGACCGCAUGACCGAGGAUGCUCUGCGCCUCAACCGCUUGAAGCGGACCCUGGACCAAGCCGAAGAACGGGACGAUGUCUUGGCCAAGAGGCUGAAGAUGGAAGGCCACGAGGCCAUGGAGCGGCUCAAGAUGUUGGCCUUGCUCAAGAGGAAAGACCUGGCGGGCAUCGAGGUGCCCCACGAGCUGCCGGUCAAGCAGGACGGACUGAAAGUCUACGAGGAGAAGCUGAACGGGAACUUGAGACCCCAUCCCGACGGGCGGUCUUCCGGGAGAUCCGGCAAGGAGAACAUCAACGAUGAGCCGGUGGACAUGAGUGCGAGGAGAAGCGAUCAAGACAGGGGACGGCUCACCCCCUCUCCGGAUGUCAUUGUCCUCUCUGACAACGAGGCCUCCAGCCCGCGCUCCAGUUCCCGCAUGGAAGAGCGGCUGAAGGCAGCCAAUCUGGAAAUGUUCAAGGGGAAAGGGGUCGAGGAGAGGCAGCAGCUCAUCAAACAGCUCCGGGACGAGUUGCGAUUAGAGGAGGCCCGUCUGGUGCUGCUGAAGAAACUACGGCAAAGCCAGCUGCAGAAGGAGAACGUGGUCCAGAAGACUCCGGUUGUCCAGAACGCAGCGUCUAUAGUCCAGCCAUCUCCUGCCCACGUCGGACAGCAGGCUCUGUCCAAACUCCCCUCCCGACCUGGGGUUCAAGGGGUUGAGCCCCAAAACCUCCGAACAUUACAGGGUCACAGUGUCAUCCGAUCGGCCACCAACACCGCCCUUCCCCACAUGCUUAUAUCCCAGCGUGUCAUUGCCCCCAACCCCACGCAGCUUCAAGGACAGCGCAUCCCUCCCAAACCAGGCCUGAUCCGCAGCACCACGCCCAACAUGAGCCCUGCUAUCAAUUACCAGCCGCCGUCCUCCUCGGCCGUGCCCUGCCAGCGAACCAGCUCCUCCGCCAUCUAUAUGAACCUCGCCUCCCACAUCCAGCCCGGGACGGUGAACAGGGUGGCAUCCCCCCUGCCCAGCCCCAGCGCCAUGAAUGACGCCGCCAACUCCCAGGCUGCCGCCAAGCUCGCCCUGCGCAAGCAGCUGGAAAAGACUCUGUUGGAGAUCCCGCCCCCCAAGCCCCCCGCCCCCUUGCUCCACUUCCUGCCCAGCGCGGCCAACAGCGAGUUCAUCUACAUGGUGGGACUGGAAGAAGUGGUCCAGAGCGUCAUUGACAGCCAAGGCAAAAGCUGCGCCUCCCUCCUCCGAGUGGAGCCCUUCGUCUGCGCCCAGUGCCGCACGGACUUCACCCCGCACUGGAAGCAGGAGAAGAACGGGAAGAUCCUGUGCGAGCAGUGCAUGACCUCCAACCAGAAGAAGGCCCUCAAGGCCGAGCACACCAACCGGCUGAAGAACGCCUUCGUCAAAGCCUUGCAGCAGGAGCAGGAGAUCGAGCAGCGGCUGCAGCAGCAGGCCACCCUCUCGCCCACCACGGCUCCGGCCAGCGUGGCCAGCGUCAGCAAGCAGGAGAGCAUCAUGAGGCAUCACACACUCCGUCAGGCCCCCCAGCCUCAAGGCUCCCUACAACGCAGUUUGCCCACCUCCGCUCGCUCCAUGCUGUCCAACUUCGCACAGGCGCCGCAGCUCCCCGUCGCCAGCGGUCUCCUUGGGAUGCCAGGGGUCAACAUCGCCUACCUGAACGCCGGGAUGGGCGGCCACAAAGGGUCCAGCUUGGCAGACCGGCAGCGGGAAUAUCUCCUCGAUAUGAUCCCUCCGCGCUCGAUAUCGCAAUCCAUCAGCGGGCAAAAAUAA